AGAGAGCUGGAGGAUAGAAAGAAGAUCCAGCAUCUUUUGGCUUUACUGGGAACAGACAGUGGCGAAGUUACCUAUUUCUGCAAAGAACCACCUCACAAGGUAAGAGCACCUCUGCCUAUACCGCAAAAGCUAAUCAAGGGCAGGGAUUCACAUGAUCGAAGUGGCAAGCAUACUUCAAAAGCAGGUAUAAAACACUGUGCCACAAAACCAGCAGAAAAGGGAGAAAAACCAGAAAAUGAGGAUAGAUACAAUAAAGAUGAGCAAACACUCUUAUUACAGGUUGAAGCUCUUCAAGCUCAGCUGGAGGAACAGGCCAAGCUGUCCAAGGAACAAACUGAAGCUUUGCUGGAGGACAGACGGAUCCGAAUAGAAGAGUCUCUGGUCCAGCAUCAGAGGGACCAGGAGAAGAUCAAGGAGCUUACUCAGAAUUACCACAAAGUUCAGAACCUGCUGCACGAGAGCACCAGAGAUUUUCUCCAGAUGAAGUUUGAUGCACGGGCAAAUGAGAAAUCCUGGAUGGCAGAGAAGGACAUGCUGCUGAGGAAGCUGGACAAAAGAAAAGGAGCACCCAAGUGGAGCAGGAUCCGGCAGGACAGCGGCCGAGGUCGGGAGGACAUCAAGAGAAGGCAGGACGGCGGCCGAGUGUCGGAGGACAUCAAUAGAAGCCAAGACAGCGGCCGGCGAGACAGUGGCCAAGGUUCAGGAGACAUCAGGAGAAGGCAGGACAGUGGCCAGCAAGGCAUCAGCCCUGGGCGGUGGGACAGCAGCCCGGAGCAGUGGGACAGCAGCCCCGAACAGUGGGAAAGCAGCCCAGAGCGGUGGGACAGCAGCCCGUACCGGUAUUCUAUUGGCAGAGUUUCUCCUGGCAGGAGGAAAAUGCAAGACAGAGGUGCCAAGCACGUUUCACGAGCAGAGCAUGAAUGCCGUAAACGAUACUGUGCAGAGAUUAAGAGGCUACAGGAGCGAUUAACACAGGAACAGCGGCUAUCAAACAUGUUCCGAGAGCAGUGCGUUUCCCUGGAAGAGCAGCUGGCUAAGAUUCGAGAGGAAGGAGAUGUAGGACGAGAGAUCUUCAAGGAACGCUCAGAAAAGAUGGGGAAGCGCCUGCAGCUGAUGACCCAGCGCUAUGAGGCCUUGGAGAAGCGGCGUUGCAUGGAGGUGGAAGGCUUUAAGACAGACAUCAAACAACUUCGGCAAAGUCUGAGGGUAGAGCGACUGCUUUUCAAG